UCAAAUCACGUGGUUUAUCGCGUUGUUUGGACUCAGCUGUCCGCUGUCUGCCAGAAGAAAUAAACCAGGCUAGGCUAGCAGGAUAGAUAGUUAGCAGCGCCGAGAGCAAGGUACAGUCCAUAUAAACUCAGGAGGACAGCGGAGACAGGACAGGAGCGAGUCUUUCACCUCCGGCAAUGCAAACGUUGAGUGUCGCAGCUAGCUAACGUUAACGGUAGCGCUGUCCCGACACACAGGGACUCAUCUCGAUGGCAAACCUGAAGCGACGAUAAAUAAAGCGACGAUAAAUAAAAGGCGACAUCAACAGGAACGGGUUAGCUUAGUUUCAAUGUUAUUGUUAAUUAAAAACCACAUAUGGUCACAAUGUCCUGCUCUGGCAACCUGGUUUGGGAUGUAAAUAAACGCUUAAUUGGAUACAACGAGCCUAACACCAUCAGGACCAACUACCUAGGCAGAAGAGAAUUUGUCCAGAGACUUAAACUUGAAGGGACUCUGAAUGUACAUGAUGGCUGUGUCAACACUAUAUCCUGGAACGACACGGGCGAAUACCUCCUGUCGGGGUCAGACGAUACCUUUUUGGUUAUCUCCAACCCGUACAACAAAAAGGUCAAGAAGUCCAUACGUUCAGGUCAUCGGGCAAAUAUCUUCAGCGCUAAGUUCAUGCCCCACACGAACGAUCAGGAGAUCAUCUCCUGCUCCGGAGACGGCAUCAUCUACUACACCCACACUGAGAAAAGUGCUGAGCACAACAGACAGUGUCAGUUCACCUGCCAUUAUGGAACAGCUUAUGAGAUUAUGACGGUACCAAAUGACCCCUACACGUUUCUGUCAUGUGGGGAGGACGGCACGGUGCGAUGGUUUGACCUUCGCACGAAGACGAGCUGCACUAAAGAAGACUGCAAAGAUGACAUCCUGAUAAACUGUCGAAGGGCAGCGACCUCUAUAUCCAUUUCUCCCCUGGUGCCGUACUACCUGGCUGUCGGCUGCUCUGACAGCUCAGUGCGAAUCUACGACAGACGCAUGUUGGGCACCAGAGCGACAGGUAACUACAUGGGACGGGGGACGACGGGCAUGUGCGUGAGGUUCGUUCCCGCUCACCUGUCCAACAAGUCCUGUCGCGUAACUUCUCUCUGCUACAGCGAGGACGGUCAGGAGGUGCUGGUCAGCUACUCCUCCGAUUACAUCUACCUGUUCGAUCCCAAAGACGACCAGGCUCGAGAGCUAAAGGGCCCGUCUGAGGAGAGGAGGGAGGAGCUGAGGCAGCCUCCAGUGAAGCGCCUCCGUCUACGAGGUGACUGGUCUGACACUGGACCCCGAGCUCGUCCUGAGAGUGAGAGGGAGAGAGAUGGAGAGCAGAGCCCGAACGUGUCUCUGAUGCAGAGGAUGUCGGACAUGUUGUCACGUUGGUUUGAGGAGGCCAGCGAAGCUCAGAGCAGCAGAGGAACUCGGCCUCAGACACGACCCAGAGGAACAGCUGUCCGUCCAGCGGGGGCGUCGAGUACUCCAGCUGCCCCUGCAGGAGGCCCCAGUCAGGGGUCCAGCAUCCCUGAGAGGCCCGUUGGGACAGAUGCCCCAGAGGUACCUGGUGGUCCUGUGGCUGCUGCUGCUGCUAUGCCUAAAUCCACUUCCUCUUCCUCCUCAGGGUCAUCCUCAACAGUCACAGCACCUCCUCCUUCCAGCUCCUCAUCAGUGGAGAGUUCUGCCCCUUCCUCCUCCCCCCUCACCUCCUUGCCUGACUCUGAGUGGAGGAGUCAGGCCGAUACGACCGCGACCCCCACACCGACGCCGACCUCAGAACCCACUCUCUCAGAGUAUGGUCCUCAUCGGCUGCCCAUAAGUUUAGUGUGUAGGCGUUUGCAGAGGUUACUGCGGCUGGCCGACCCACCAGGACAGGGUCAGCGAGCGGCCCCCUCUUCUUCUUCUUCCUCUGCAGCCACUGAGAGACAGUCACAAAGAGCUGCUGCUACUGAUGCUGCUGCUGAGACGCAACCUCGUACAGAUUCCCCCUCGUCUGUGGUAAACAAACAGCUGGGAUCCAUGACUCUUGAUGAACAGCAGGGAGCAGCAGAAUCUGCAGGUUCACCUCCUGAUCAACCUGUUUCUGUACCAGUCAGCAGCAGCGCUCCCACCACCUCCACCACCACGACCGGCACCAGUCGACCCAGUGCAGCAGAGCCAGUCCUCAGCCUGCACUACAGCUCAGAGGGAACCACCACCAGCACCAUCAAGCUGGACUUCACUGAUGAGUGGAGCAGUAGCACAUCCAGCUCUAUGGGCAGUGGAGGUCCCAAAACAUCUGAGGCUGUUGUUGUACAGAGCAGAGAGAGUGUGAAGAUGGAGAGCUCAGUGUCAGAGCAAGCUCCCUCUCAGUCCUCGGGGCAGAAGAGUGUGCCGACCACCUCCACAGAGCCGCCGUGCGACGCCUCCUGCUCUGGUGCCCUCGGCAGCUCGUCAGCUCAGGCCGCAGCGGCGGGCUCCUCUGCGGGGGACGCUGUGGCUUCUUCAACACUGGAGAGGAGUCAGCCGGAGGGUAUGGAGGACAUGUCAGGAGGCUGCAGGAGAGCUGAGCCCACAGCGGAGGCGGGGCAGGGGGGAGAGGAGGGCCAGAGUCAGCCUGCACGGGGGAACCAGGACUCUGAUGACAGCGAUGACGAUCCGAUUCUCAUCCCAUCAACGAGGUUCAGAGGACAGGGACAGAGAUUAAAUUCCAGAGGAUCUGCAGUAGGAGAUAGAAUGAUCAGACGCUCAGCAGCUGCUCGUAUCCAGGAGCUGUUUCGCAGGAGGAAAGAAAGAAGGGAGAUGGAGGAGAGCGAGACCCAGAAUAUCAGGAGACCCUCAGUUAAAAUGGUCUACAAAGGCCACCGCAACUCCAGGACAAUGAUAAAGGAGUCGUGCUUUUGGGGCAACAACUUUGUGAUGAGCGGCUCAGACUGCGGCCACAUCUUCAUCUGGGACAGACACACUGCAGAGCAUCUCAUGCUGCUCGAAGCCGACAACCACGUGGUCAACUGCCUGCAGCCGCACCCCUACGACCCCAUUCUGGCUUCUUCAGGGAUAGACUAUGAUAUCAAGAUUUGGUCGCCACUGGAGGAGUCGCCAUCUUUCAACAGAGUCCUCGCUAAUGAGGUAAUAACUCGGAACGAGCUGAUGCUAGAGGAAACUAGGAACACAAUCACAGUCCCGGCCUCUUUCAUGCUCCGAAUGUUGGCCUCCCUUAAUCACAUCAGAUCAGAUCAACUAGAAGGCGAUCGCUCCGAAGGUUCAGGCCAGGAAAAUGAGGAUGAACAGUAGCCUGCUGGCAUUUUAUUUUAAAGAAAACACUAUUUCGUUUUGCUGUAUAGCACUUGAAAAGAACCUGAGAUUUGUACAAGUAUAGUGUAGAAUACUUCCUUUAGAAAAUUUGUGUAAUUUCUAGACCCCCUGUGUUUUUUUAAGACGACUUUCUUACUGAUGUUGCUGUAUGAGGAUAAACUACAUCUGUGUGAGUGCAAAAGGCAAAGACGUCAGUGUAUAAACACUAAGUUUGAGAAUAAUGGUGGCUGGCGUGCAAGGAUGUUAAGUGCAAUAUUAUUUUGUUAGGAGAGAGUGAGCUUUGAUCAGUGUUAACGUGUGACAUUUUGAAUUUGUAGCACAAAGCUAAGAAAUGUUGAUGUGCUGCUCCGGCAGUUACGCAUGUAACAAAAAAAAAAGGACUUUAAGUAAAACAUACUUGGAGAAUGCUUUAA